AUGCAGGGGCUCGGCCGGGGUACCUCGGACCAGAACCCCUUCCGGUCUGCAGAGGGGGGGCCCCAGGCUCGGCUGAGUAAGGAGGAGCGAGUGGCCUUUCCACCUCAGCGCUGCGCCAAGGGAGGGAUGGAAGACGAACAGGAGCCGCCCUUACAGCCUCGGACGCAGGCUCAGGGCAGGGUCCUGCUCCAGACCAUCUGUGCAGCUGGCAUUGGUGGGACUUUUCAAUUUGGCUAUAACCUCUCCAUCAUCAAUGCCCCAACCGUGCACAUUCAAGAAUUCACCAAUCAGACGUGGCAGGCGAGGACUGGCCAGCCACUGCCUGACCACCUGAUCCUGAUAAUGUGGUCCCUCAUCGUGUCUCUGUACCCCCUGGGGGGCCUCUUCGGAGCGCUGCUGGCAGGGCCCCUGGCCGUGAUGCUGGGAAGGAAGAAGUCCCUCCUGGUGAACAACGUCUUCGUGGUGGCCGCGGCGAUCCUGUUUGGCUUCAGCCACAGAGCAGGCUCCUUCGAGAUGAUCAUGCUGGGACGGCUGCUCGUGGGAGUCAGCGCAGGUGUGAGCAUGAGCAUCCAGCCCAUGUACCUGGGGGAGAGUGCCCCCAAGGAGUUCCGAGGAGCCGUGGCCAUGACCUCAGCCAUCUUCACUGCCCUGGGGAUCGUGAUGGGACAAGUGGUGGGACUCAGGGAGCUCCUGGGUGGCCGGCAGGCCUGGCCCCUGCUGCUGGCCAGCUGCCUGGUGCCUGGGGUGCUGCAGCUGGCCUCCCUGCCCCUGCUCCCCGAGAGCCCGCGCUACCUCCUCAUUGACCGCGGCGACACUGAGGCCUGCCUGGCGGCGCUGCAGCGGCUGCGUGGCACUGCGGACCUGGCGUCCGAGCUGGCGGAGCUGGAGGAGGAGCGGGCGGCCUGCCACGGCCUGCGAGCGUGGCGCCCCUGGGAGCUGUUCCAGGACCGCACCCUGCGGAGGCAGGUGGUGAGCCUCGUAGUCCUGGGCAGCGCCAUGGAGCUCUGCGGGAACGACUCGAUGUACGCCUAUGCGUCCUCCGUGUUCGGGGAGGCGGGAGUCCCCCAGGAGAAGGUCCAGUAUGCCAUCAUCGGGACCGGCUGCUGCGAGCUGCUCACAGCAUGUAUCAGCUGCAUGGUCAUUGAGAGGGUAGGCCGGCGCGUGUUGCUCAUCGGGGGUUACUGCCUGAUGACCUGCUGGGGGAGCAUCUUCACCGUGGCCCUGUGCCUGCAGAGCUCCUUCCCCUGGAUGCCCUACCUGGCCAUGUCCUGCAUCUUUGCCUUCAUCCUCAGCUUUGGCAUCGGCCCCGCUGGAGUGACAGGGAUCCUGGCCACGGAGCUGUUUGACCAGAUGGCCCGGCCUGCUGCCUACAUGGUCUGCGGGGCGCUCAUGUGGACCAUGCUCUUCCUGGUUGGGCUGGGGUUCCCCUUCAUCAUGGAGGCACUGUCCUACUUCCUCUAUGUGCCUUUCCUCGUUGUCUGUGUCUGUGGGGCCACCUACACGGGCUUCUUCCUUCCUGAGACCAAAGGCAAGACCUUCCUGGAGAUCUCCGAAGAACUGCACAGACUCAACUUCCCCAGGCGGAGCCAGGGCCCCACCUGGAGGGGCCCUAAGGUCACCCAGUCCACAGAGCUGUAGCCCCACCGUGGUGGCUGGGGCCCCGAUCUAGCUUCCGCUCGGCCCUUUGCUUCCUCUCCAUUUACUAGCUCCUGUAUUUGUUCAUUUAAUGAGUGCUUAUUAAAUGAGCACCUACUGUGCGCAGGAACGGUGCCAGGUGCCUAGCGAUAGUGGUGAGCCAGAGAGAUGGGGUCCUGGGCCUCUUGGUGUUCCCUGUUAAUAAACAGGAAACCAACAAAAGCAUAACUACAAACUCAGGGAAAUGCAGUGGAAGAAAAACACAGGUUGUGAAAGGUGUGUAUAGCCCGGGGGUGGAGGUGCAGGUGGGGCUGACCUAGUUUGAGGGGCAUGUAUGGUCAGAAAAGGAUUUUCUGAAGAAUUGAUUUUUUUUUUUUUAAAUGAACUUUAUUGGCUCUGGCUGGGAAGCUCAGUUGGUUCAAGUGUCGUCCUGAUACGCCAAAGUUGUGGGUUCGAUCCCCUGUCAGAGCACAUACAAGAAUCAGCCAAUGAAUGCAUAAAUAAGUGGAACAACAAAUUGAUGUUUCUCUCUCUCUGAAACUCAAUAAAGAAAUAAAAUUAAAAUCAACUUUAUUGAGGUAUAAU